UAUCACUUCUUCCUUCUGAAGUCCCGCCCUUUCAGCUACCCCCAAUGGAGACUAAGCUGUUACUGAAAAGGAGCCGACAAAAGCAUCAACGUGGAGUCGAGAGGAGCGGAAGUAGUCAGAUUUCGCUGAGGGCCGUAAAGUGGAUAGUGUGCUCGCCUUCCGGAUUAACGACAGCAGCUCCGACUGUCAGUGCAGGCCUUCCUCGUGCCGGACCCUUCCUAAUUCAAUUUCCUUCCCAUUCCGGUCCCUUCCCUAUCGUCGCCCCUUUCACCUUGGAUCAUGUUCAAGAAAUUUGAUGAAAAAGAAAAUGUGUCCAACUGCAUCCAGUUGAAAACCUCGGUUAUUAAGGGUAUUAAAAAUCAAUUGCUAGAGCAAUUUCCAGGUAUUGAACCAUGGCUUAAUCAAAUCAUGCCUAAGAAAGAUCCUGUGAAAAUUGUCCGAUGCCAUGAACACAUAGAAAUCCUUACAGUAAAUGGAGAAUUACUGUUUUUUAGACAAAGAGAAGGGCCUUUUUAUCCAACCUUAAGAUUACUUCAUAAAUAUCCUUUUAUCUUGCCACAUCAGCAGGUUGAUAAAGGAGCCAUCAAAUUUGUACUGAGCGGAGCAAAUAUCAUGUGUCCCGGCUUAACUUCUCCUGGAGCUAAGCUUUAUCCUGCUGCAGUAGAUACUAUUGUUGCAAUCAUGGCAGAAGGAAAGCAACAUGCUUUAUGUGUGGGCGUCAUGAAGAUGUCUGCAGAAGAUAUUGAGAAAGUCAAUAAAGGAAUUGGCAUUGAAAAUAUCCAUUAUCUAAAUGAUGGGCUGUGGCAUAUGAAGACAUAUAAAUGAGCCUCAAAAGGAGUGUGCUUGGGCUAACUAUGGAUACUGUGCUGUGUCUGUGUCUGUGUCUGUAUGACAGCAUGAAGACAAUGCCCUCUAUGAUUAUGCUGAAUAAAAUUCUGCGAAUGCUAAAA